CUGAUGUCCACAGAGGGAGGCCUGUUGAUAAGCCAAAAGCGCCGCCGGUCUUUAAAUGUGUUUCCCAGCGAACUUAACGCCGGGCGUUAAUAAUUUAUGGUACGAUCCCGAGCGCUCGGAGAGUUUCUCGAAAUGAUAAAAACCGUCCAACAGGUGCACGGACAGCUCAGAUCUGGACUGGAUAGAGCAAAGGGAAGUGAACCAAUGAGGAAAAGUGCAAAUUAUAAAUCUAUUUUUAAGUAAUUGUGAAUCUCUUAGCAAAAAGUGCUUUCAAAACAGUCAUCAUGAGCAGUGCAAUGGAAAACGCCAUAGAAGUAAUUCCUGAACCGAAACAUGUAAACUACCAACGCAGUAUAACACUAGACGAUGCUCUCUCGUUGACAAAAUUUGGAAAAGUCAACUAUUUCCUCAUAAUCGUGGCCGGAACCAUUCUCGCGGCGGUUCUGCUGGAAACCCUUGGCAUAAGUUACGUGAUACCUGUUGCACGGUGUGAUUUGGAAAUGACCACCCAAGAGAAAGGUGUUUUGAGCGCAGUAUCUUUCGCAGGAAUCAUCGUAAGCUCGCAUUUGUGGGGAUUUCUGGCGGAUACACGGGGGAGAAAGAAAGUUAUCGUGCCGACGCUGUUUCUAACGUUUUUCUGCUCGUUUAUUUCGAGCUUUUCCACAAACUUUUGGCUCAUCACCGUGCUGCGAUUUUUCGCUGGGUUUUUCAUUUCCGGUUCAUCGGCCACAAUCUACGCCUACGUUGGGGAGUUUCAUAACCGUCGAAAUGGAUCACGCGCCAUUAUGGGUGCUUCUUUUGUGUUUGGCAUCGGCUGUCUGAUGCUUCCAGCGAUCGCAUAUUUCGUCAUAAAUCAGGAAUGGGAGUUCACGAUUCCUCUUGUGGGCAUGGUUUACCGCCCGUGGCGACUCUUUUUGGUUGUUUGUGGAAUGCCAAGCUUAGUUUGCGGUCUAGCGUUAUGCAGAUUUCCCGAAAGUCCCAAGUUUGUAUUUAUGCAGGGGAAAAAAGACGAGGCAAUCGAGACGAUUCAAUGGAUGCACAAGCUGAAUACCAGCGGGAAGGAAGCCAAGCUACAAAUAGUCUCGAUCAUCGACGAAACCGAAGCUCAACAGACUAAGGCUCGCCGCAAGGAAGCUGGUGCGACCAAAGGGUUUGUUGCACUCAUGAAACUGAUGUGGAAUCAAACUGCUCCGUUGUUCAUGACGCCAUAUUUGAACAAAACGGCCAUUGUUUGUGUGCUCCAGUUUGGAAUAUACCUGACCUCAAACGGCAUGUACAUGUUCUUCCCUUACAUUGUCAACCGAAUCGCUGAAAUCAAAAUGGAUCGCAUCACCGCAUGUAAUGCAGUCAGAUUCAUUCCAGAAGAGCUCGCAGCGGUCAACGUUACCGAGGUUCUAGAAUGUGACUCUCAAAGCCAAAAGCUAGAUAUUUCCACCUACGAGCACUCGUUCAUUCUGGAACUUAUGUACGCGCUGGGCUUUGCCGUUAUUGGUUUAGUGAUCAACGCCGUCGGAAAGCUACCCAUUCUCGUAUUUGUCUUUGUCAGCUGUGGCGUGUCGGGAAUCCUGAUGGUAUACAUCGACGUCCCGGCGCUGGUGAUUUGGCUGUACCUGAUUCUACUGACAUGUGGUUUCUGCAUCAGCGUGGUUAACGCUGCCACCAUAGAUCUGUUCCCAACGAACCUCAGAGCCAUGGCUGUUUGUAUUUCCUUGAUGUGUGGGCGUGCUGGCAGCGUCGUUGGCGCAAAUAUGGUCGGCCUGCUGCUGGACUCGAACUGUGAGCUCACGUUCUGGAUCUCGGGAGCAUCGCUGAUCGGAUGUGGCGUGCUGUCCUUCUUCAUUCCGAACAUUUACAAGCGGACCAUUACCGAGCCGAGGGUUAGCGUGUCGUCGCGAUGAAUUUUGAGAGUUUUUCUGCUUAAUAAUUUUACCAAAAGUCUGAUUUGAAAUAUAGCUUUACGUUUAACUAUGUUGCAAUAAAAACGUUUAAAAUAAUAUGU